GAAUGUGCGUUUAUUUGAAUAUGAAGUGCUGUUUUGAUUUUCUCUUGUUUACCGAAUGAUUUUCCUCUUUUGACGACGCCCCACCUGGGAUCGAGGGCUCCGGCGAUCGAACCAGGAGAUGGACGGAGAAGCUCUGGCUCAGUUCAUACGCCGGGAAGUCCCCGACUGGGACGACGAAGUGGUGGCGACGGCGCGGUUCAAGGCGUUCAGCGGCCAGAGGUCCGAUUGGGAGCCCAGGUACCAAUUCUGGAGGGACUUGAUUCUCAGGAUCGCUCGUCGCUUCGGCCUCCUCCUCAUCGAACCCUCGCAGGUGACGAAGGAAUGGUUUAACCGCGGCGGCUUGACUCCUCUGUGCAUCGAUCAUGUUCUGUCUUUGAUGUAUGAUGAAGGUGAUAUUCUCCGAAAAGCUGAUCUUGGAGACCCAAGUAGCGGACGGCUUUCCCAGAUUUUGAGGAAAGUAAGGCUUUUGGUGGUUAGACCGUCGAGUACUGAAGCAGUACUGGAAGAUAGUGUCGUUGUUGCAGCUCUCCUCAAGGAGAAAGCAUGCGAAGUUCUCAAUGUCUUAUCUGAGAGCAGUUGGACAUCUUCAUGCAUUGUAACAAGGAGAAGGUUCCGGGAGAUUUGUGGAGGACCUGAUGAAGAAUCUAUCAUUUUGAGCUACUUGUCAGGAUGCAGAAAGGCACAAUACUUGUCCGUUCACAAGAAGGAAUUAAUAGAGGGUGUUAAAGUUUCCCUUACGGCAGCUGCAGUUUCCACUAUCACAAGUCUAGAUCAUGACGUUUUGCACUUAAUUUGGACGAUGGAAAAGCUUCAACAGCAACUCGACUUGAUUGAUCAACGUUAUGAGAAGACCAGAAGUUUAGCUGCUGCUUCUCUGAAAUCUGGAAACAAGAAAGUUGCACUCAGGUAUGCAAGGGAGUUGAAGCUGGCCUCUGAGAGCAGAGAAAAAUGCGCAACGCUUUUGAACAGAGUGGAGGAAGUUCUUCAGAUUAUUUCUGAUGCUGAAUCUACGAAAGAGGUUUCAGAAGCGAUCCAGAUUGGAGCUCGGGCAAUUAAGGAAAACAAGAUCAGUGUAGGGGAAGUUGAACUUUGUCUGGAAGAAAUUGAUGAGAGCAUUGAUUUCCAAAAGCAAGUUGAAAAGGCUCUAGAAUCAACAUCAUCUGGCAGAUUUGAUGAUGAGGAUGUUGUUGAUGAGUUUAGGAAGUUAGAGUUGGAAGUUGGGAAAGAGCACUCUCAGAUAGGCAAUCAGACUGAUAAUGCUGCAAAUGAAGCAGAGGAAUCGGAAUCUGCUGCAUCUCUAGCUGAUGCCUUUUCGAAUCUAAAACUUGCAGUCGGUGCAUCUGAGGAACUUGGGCAUGAUCGUGCACCUCGAGCAAGUGAGGAGGAACAUAAAAAUUUAAGGCUUGAAGCUGAAGCUGCUUAGCACAAGUGCUUACAUAGAUUCAUCAAUGAUUAAUUUGCUUGAUAUUUGAUUGCACUUGAUGGCCGGCUCGCUGAGAUUUUUGUAAUUAUUCUAUUUAGCGCGAUGCAUUUCGCCUGACAUUCAAUAGUAACUUGAAGCAUGGAAUGGUGUAAAAUGAUAUACAGUUCAUCUGACAUUGUACCUUCAUGUAUAUGAGGCAACUUGAAGUGUUUUAAGCAAUGUACUGCAUGCAGCUUCAUUAUGAAAA